UCUCUUAGUUAAUUGCACACUAGCCAGAGAAGAGAAGAGAGAGAGAGAGAGAGAGAGAGAGAGAGAGAGAGAGAGAGAGAGAGAGAGAGAGAGAGAGAGAGAGAGAAGGGAAGAGCAUGGAGCCCCACAUGGAGAGCGCGCUCCGUCAAGGGUUGACGGAGCCGGAGCGGAGGGAGGUGGAGGGCGUGGUGGAGGAGCACCACACGUUCCCUGGGCGCGCCAGCGGGACGUGCACAUCGCUGGUCACACAGCGCGUGCAGGCGCCUCUCGCCGCCGUGUGGGACAUCGUGCGCGGCUUCGCCAAUCCGCAGCGCUACAAGCACUUCAUCAAGUCCUGUGCUCUCGCCGCCGGCGACGGCGCCACCGUGGGCAGCGUCCGCGAGGUCACCGUCGUCUCCGGCCUCCCCGCCUCCACCAGCACCGAGCGCCUCGAGAUCCUCGACGACGACCGCCACAUCCUCAGCUUCCGCGUCGUCGGCGGCGAGCACCGCCUCCGCAACUACCGCUCCGUCACCUCCGUCACCGAGUUCACGGACCAGCCUUCAGGCCCGUCCUACUGCGUCGUUGUCGAGUCCUACGUCGUCGACGUACCGGAGGGCAACACCGAGGAGGACACCCGCAUGUUCACCGACACCGUGGUCAAGCUCAACCUCCAGAAACUCGCCGCCAUCGCUACCACCACCACCACCUCUUCCCCACCGCCGUCGGAUGAGCAAAGCUGAUCAUCGGUCCCGGCCGGUUGCAUGCAAUGCAUGCAUUGUGAUGCUUUCCUGUUUUCUUUUCUGCACCAAAAAAAGGAGAGAAUUUAAUGUUAUUGCGGUUCUGAUGGGUGAUGACAUCGAAAGAGGGUGCAAGUUGGUGUUAUUUUCCGUUUUAGUUUUUGUAUGUAUAUAUCCCAUCGUUAUCUUGCAAUGUCAUCAUGUUAUCACUCUUUUUUGUUUUUGCCAAUCUCUCUUCAAUAUUGGGUAGUUGGUACUCAUACUUUUAAGAUAGCGCUUUGGUUCGGCAUUUUAAAAA